UUGGCUUAGGCUCACGUGAGACAGAGAGAACGGGUGUAGCCCGUUUCACUGAAGUUCUUCUCCGUAACCACCAUAGAGCGUUCUUCUGUUUAGUUCAGGGUUCAAAUAAGGUUUCUCUAGGGUUUUAGUCUCUGUGUUCCAAGGCCAGCUUUCCAUCUUUGGUUUUGCUCGCGCUGUAAUCUCACCAUCGAAGGAGGGCUUUGGCAUUCUAUUGGGCAGUUAAGGAAUAGAAUACCAACUCGACAUCGUUAAGUUGAUUUGUGAUUGUUGCUUCAUAUUAUUCAGCAUGUCGUCCCUAAGGAAUGCUAUUAGCAGGCGGGCUCACAAGGAACGAGCUCAACCGGAAUCGAGGAAAAAAUUUGGGCUUCUUGAAAAGCACAAAGACUAUGUUGAGCGUGCAAAAGCAUAUCACAAGAAGGAGGAGACUUUACGGAGACUGAAGGAGAAAGCAGCCUUUAGAAACCCAGAUGAGUUCUACUUCAAGAUGAUCAAGACUCGAACUGUUCAUGGAGUCCAUAAAUUAGAGAGUCAGGCAAACAAGUACACUCCAGAAGAGCUCUUACUUAUGAAGACCCAAGAUAUUGGAUACAUACUUCAGAAAGUUCAGAGUGAGAAAAAGAAAAUUGAAAAGUUGACUGCGACACUCCACUCUCUUGAUAAUCGGCCUUCAAGUAGACACGUUUACUUUGCUGAAGACAGGGAGGAGGCUAAAGAAAUUCAUUCACGUUCAAAAAGUGGAACUAUGCCUGCUUCUGAGGACAUUCCUGAUCAUAUAAAAAGGAAAACAGCUGCUUCCUACAGAGAGCUAGAAGCAAGGAGGAAUAGAGUCAAUGAGUUGGAGAAAAUCUAUACGGAUAUGGCAAUGCAGAAGGAAUUACAGAAAAAGGGAAGAAAACGCAAACUGCGGGAAGAUGAGAUUGUCUGCCCAACAUCCAAACCUGUAUUCAAGUGGCGGGCUGAGCGUAAGCGUUGAAUAGUCUGCAUGUUUGUGUGAUUUUGCAGGAAUGAGGCUGCGCAACUGAUGUCCGGCCCUCCAGAGAAGUAUGGACCUGAUGUAAUGCGACUUUUCAUGUAACUGGAAUUUUGAGCUACAUAUGAAUUUGUACGAGUGAUAUGGUCAUAGAUUAAUAUAUAAUUGCAUUUUCGUGAGGCGUCGUUUUUAACAAUACUAACAAGCAGUCUACCGUCAUUUUUGAGAUUUUGCUGAUUUGACAUAAUCAGCCAUAGUAACUUGUAUUUCAAUUCAGAACAGUCGGUUUCAAUAUCA